ACACACAUAAAUGCGAUAGAGGGGGGAAAAGAGAGACUAGAUACCAGGCCAUACUCCUCCGCAUCCCAAUUGCAAAAGAUAAUUGUUCUUCGAGUGCUGCAGUUCCACUGUUCGGAUCAGCUGCUCCAAAUGUCCAUGCGUCGCGAUGAUUUCCCAGGAGGACAAAGCUACAAAGUUGUAGCAGAUAAAUGCAUACUAUCAUUCACAUGUUCCUCUGCCCCUUCAAUCACUCCAAUAACGUUAUGAAUUGCUGCUAUCGUCUUUGUCGCCUGAAUCCAACAUCUCAGCAGUAAGUAACUUUUUCGUUGCAGAGCUUGGGAGGGCCUUGUGCAUGGAAAGGUGCAAUCUUUUAUGUUUGG